GUUGUUCAGUCCUGGCUCUCACUGGAAAUGACAGUCCAAAUAACAGGGAGUUCGAGGUCCCCGGCAUGCCAACCGGCGGUUGGGUGUGAUUGGGUCGGGACAACAAGGAGGACCACAUCCCCGGGCAAGCGACGAGCAGCAGACAUGGACUUCAGCGGCACCUGGAAAGUUUAUUCUGAGGAAAACCUCGAGGGGUUCUUGAAAGUAGUGGGUGCUCCUGAAAUGGUUAUAAAAAUGCGAAAGGAAGUCAAACCGGUGCUGGUGAUCGAGCAGAAGGGCCAAGACUUCACCUACACCAUGAAGACCCCCAUCUGCACCAAGGUCCACUCAUUCAGCCUGGGGAAGGAGUCCGAGAUGACGGCUGCGGACGGACGGAAGUUUAAGUGCAUUGUCAGAGAGGAGAAUGGGAAGCUGGUCGCUGAGACUGAAAAGUUCACCUCCGUCCGUGAGAUCCAAGGAGACGAUAUGGUUGAGACCAUCACUGCCGGCCCUCUCACUUUCAUCAGCCGGAGCAAACGCGUCUGAUCCUGACGCUGCCUCGAGAACUUUCGGGCAGGGGGCCGUGUGCAAAUGACAUCCUGGAAAAAAAACGUCAACCUUUUAAAAAAACAACAACAUUUGAAUGAUUAAAUAAACCAACAAGUUUGUUUUUAGUGAUGGAAUGUAACUGAGCAACCUACAUUAACUCAAGUUAAGUGCUUGUACUUUCCCUCAGCAUGACAGCUGUAGUUACUGCACAGGUUACAUUUGUUUCCUCCCCUUCCUGUCCAAUAAAACAUAUGUAUCUCCAAACUGGGGGAUGGAUUAUUAAGAGAACUAUCCUCCUUCUGAAACAAAAUAAACAUUUUUCACCAACCUGA